UGGCGCUGUGCAGGUGGAGAGGUAAGGCGCGAGACGAGUGACAGUACCGAGGGAUGAUGGAGGGGUUCCCGGGGUGGUGGAGGCCGAAUGAGUGAGAGGGAAGAGGGCUUCCUGCCGGAGGUCGAGUGAUCGUUUGAUGAUGGUUGUUCCAGAGAGUACACCUGGCGUUCAACCUGAUGACAUAAAUGCUGACACAAGAGUUAUGGAAACAGACACAGAGUCCGAUCCCGGCAACGACCUAAAAGAAGUGCGCAAGCUGCAGGAACUGGUCCGGAGGCUGGAAAUCCAGAACCAACAGUUAAAAAUCAAGAGCAACCCUCAGAGCCUUCAGAAUGACAUCGGCGCCGAUCCCCACCUGUCCACCUUGCACUGCACAGGAGUCAUGAACAGCAUGAACAUCCAGGCGGAAAAAGGAGACCGAGAUAUUCUGACGGACAUACAGACUAAGCUGGACCAAAUUAGUUCAGAGAAGGAGAACAUCCCAAGCUUGAGGGUCGAUGCCCAAAUGCAGUUCGAGAAGGUGUGCUCUGACCCCAAGCCCGGCUCUCCGGCGGAUAGUCACUGUGAUAAAGACGAUAGCUGUUUCUUCAGCCUGGACGCCAGCAGCCGAGCCGAGCUGGAGGAAGCUUUGGAUAAAAUGUCUGAACUCAAUUCCAGUGGAGACCUUGAGAACUUGGACGAAACUGCCCUGGAUGAGGUGGAGGUCCUAGAGCUCGGCUUGGGCAGCGAGGAUGAUGAAGACUGUUGGCUUUACAUAUCUCCCAGAAAGACUGCCAGUGCUGAGCAGAAACCGGAUUCCCCCUUAAAGUGGUGCAGACAGGUACUGGACCACCACAGUCCGGAGACAGAGGCCGCCUGCCGCACACUGAUCGGCAAGCUGGAUCAAGCAAAUAGAUGGAAAAGCCUGUACUGCAGCCCACUGGCUUCACCAAGUGCAUAUAACCCCAGCACUGAGGGCAACAACUGUAACAAUUCACUAAACUCACCGGGGUGCCUGAAAUCCACUAACAAACCACUACUAACCUGUGGCAGCUCAGGGUAUUUGAGCAUCCAUUCUGCACUCAGCUCUCAAUCCUCUGUAGACAGCGAGCUAAGUACUUCUGACGAUUCAAUCUCUAUGGGAUACAAACUGCAAGAUUUGACGGAUGUCCAGGUUAUGGCGCGCAUGCAAGAAGAAAGUCUUCGUCAGGAUUACGCUUCCAGUUCUGCAUCUGUUUCCCGGCGCAGUUCUAGCGCCUCUUUACAUUCUCUGAGAAGAGGCACCUUCAGCGAUCAGGAGUUUGACACGUACAGCUUGGAGGAUGAGGAGGACUAUGAAUGUUCUCUGUCCUACCGUAGCACGCACAGGUACUCCCCGUCGCCUCUUAGUUCACCUCGAUGUCAGUCACCGUCAGCAGCCGGGGACAGCAGCAGGUUUUCGACCUCUCGCAUUAGACCGCCUCGGAGGUCCAUUCAAAACCAUGUGCAAGACCGGGUGAAAUAUGCAAACUGCGAAGAUGACUUGCGCCAUAGUAUGCCAAACUUGGCAAAAACAAGUUUACGUUCACUCGAAGCAGUGAGGAGCAGCCGUAGCUUGGAGUCUGAUCUCCAGGGGUCAAGCAGCCGAUUAACCAGGCUUCAGCAACCUACAACCAGUACUCCGCCGAGCAAAUUGCGGUAUGCUUCCAGCUCUGGCCAACCUUCAAUGUCUGGCCGGCAGGCGGUCAAAGCGGGUGUAAGCACAAGUUCUCACCUUCCGUCCAGACAACCGAUCAAAUCGUCCGGUUACAACAGUUCCAGCGGGAUCCGUAAAAUGCCGUCGUCUGGUUCCAAUCCGCCUUCGUCUGGUGCCGUUUCCAGAACUAGCAACCCGUCUCCCUCUCCUAAACCGUCGGCUGUGAAAUCCCAGACGUCCGCGGGAUACGCGUCCCCUAAAAGUAAAAUGGUUCAACCGUCAAGGAGAUCUUUCCAUUACUCAAAGACAAGUAAUACACCGGAUAGUGAUGACUCCUGGAAAGAUGGGUGCUAUUAGAUCUCUCCAAAGAUGAUUUUUUUUUUUGUAAACUUAAGUCGUCCAGCGGGCUGGACAUGGAACAUUUCAGAGGAAGAGAAGUAGUUUAAACGACCUCCUUACCUGCUUUUCAGGUCGGACAUUCCAUGUCUGUCACAGGUUCUUCUCUAUUUCAUAUUUUCGUUCUACUCCUUAUUUAAAAGUGCAUUCGUGUUGUCGAUGGUUCUAGAAGUUUCAGUUCAGUAGAACUCGUCCCCCCCCCCCAACACUGAGCCAUUUAACUAGAAUAUAGAAAAAAAAAUGUGUAAUUUCCACCCCCAUCAACCGACGGACCACUUGCACUGGUGUAAAUUUUUAUUUGACGAUUGUGCAGAUGAUGAACGUGUUGGAAACCAUAGAUGUGUAAUAUAGAUGUUCUUAAGACGGUCUUGUUUUAUAUACA